AAGUAGUGUAACAAUUUUCAAUUGUUUCUAUGCUCUUCUAGAAUUACUGCCGGUCCCAAACCCGGGUAAAGGAAAGAGGUUGGGCAUGGGGUCGGUAACUUUAUCCUGUAAAAGAAACUUGCUGCUAAGAGAUGCACGUCAACCAGAUUAAACAAAUUAAAUAAAUGAAAACUGUACAAAAACACAAUUAUUCAUUAACGCCGAAACAUGAUUUGUGUCAAGAAAGUUUCUUUGGGAAAAAUAUCACUGAUCCAUAUCGUUGGUUAGAACAACAUUACUCUCAUAGAACUCAUCAAUUUAUUUCAUAUCAAAUGAAACAAACACAACAGUUUUUAUCAUGUUGUCCAUAUCAGGAAGAUUUCAGAAAUUAUUUACAGUCAUUAUGUAAUUUUGAUUGGUACAGCUAUUCAUUAAUUCGUGGUGCUAACUACUUUUAUUGCUUUAAACCGUUACAUUUGAAAACGAUUGUAUUAGAGGUUAUACAAUAUAGAAUGAAAUGUCCACAGGUUAUAUUAGAUCCAACAUGUAUUGGAUUAGAACAAUUAGAAAGGAUUAUGGCAUUCAAUAUAUCAGAUUGUGGUACAUAUUUAUGUUAUGAAAUAUGGAAUCAUCAUAAUGAUCAAUAUAAAUUGUAUUUUAAGAAUUUAAAAAUGGAUAUUCAAUUAUCGGAUUGUAUUAAAUUACCGAAUAAAAGCUCUAUGACAUGGUCAAAAGAUAAUAAAGGUUUAUAUUAUAUUCAUUGUAUUCCAUUACAUUCAAUGGAAGAUCAAAUGAAUAAUUUAAUAGAAAAUUAUAUUGUCUCUAUAAAUUAUCAUAAAUUAGGUGAAAUGAAUCAAACUAAUGAUCUGGUUGUAUGGAGUUGUGAAAUGCCUGAAAAAAAUUUAAUGUUCUGUGAAUUAGAUGAAACUGGACGUUAUAUUUUAGUGACUUUAUUGAAUGAUCAAGGUUCACAGAAUAAAUUAAUCUUUGGUUAUGUUAAUCAUGAACGAGUGAAAAUCAAAGGUCGAUUGAAAAUGCUUCCAAUUGUGGAUGAAUUCGAUGCCAAAUACAAAUUUAUUGGUAGUACUUCAACCGAAUUUUAUAUUAUGACUAAUUUAAGUGCACCAUUUAAUAAAAUUAUUAAAGUUAACAUAAAAGAUCCUGAUUGGUCAAAUUGGGAAGAUUUAAUACCACAUAAUCCAUUAAGAAAAUUAGAAUAUGCUACAUGUAUCGAUCGAAAGUAUUUGGCUUUAAGUUGUAUAGAAAAUGUCAGAAGUAUCAUUGCAAUUUAUGAUUGGUAUACUGGAAAAUAUUUAAAAACUAUUUUAACACCAAUCGGCCGAAUCUAUUCACUUACUGGUCAUUAUACUAGUAGUCAAAUCUUUAUACAUUUUGCUACCUUUCAUGAACCAUGUACAAUAAUGUAUUGUGAUUUAGCAAAAGAUAAUUGGGAAUUAAAGUUAUUCCGUAAAUCUCAACCAAUGGAGUUAAACGAUAAAGAAUAUGAUAUUAAGCAAGUAUUUUAUCAAAGUAAAGAUUCAACAACAAUUCCAAUGUUUAUAUUUCAUCGAAAAGUAAGUGAAUAUAUAUGCGAAGUAUUAUGAAGCCAACUAUCCACACAUAUAUCUAUCUAUCUAUUCUAACAUUCAAAAGUUCAAAGGGCUGAACCUAUUCCGUAGGCACAUGUUGUGUUAGGAGGUAAGUGGUUAUAGCGAAAUAUGAGAUGAGUAAUCGAGAGCACUGAAGAACAUGAGAUGUAGGCUAAAGAUACGGUAAAAUAAAACAAAAUUCUCGUGCAUUCAUUGAUCAAAUGUAAUUCAUAACUCUAGUUGGUGUUGUGUUAAGUACAUAAAGGGAUUGUAAGGCCUAUCGAUAAAGUGUGGUAGUUGAAUGACGAUAGGCUACCGUAAGGUUUGAAUAAGCCAUGGUAUACUAUGCCUAUAAUUGAACAAUGGACAUAUCGAACUUCACUAAAGAUGUGCCCCAAUUGUUCCGUGUAUUCCUAAUACUCAUUUUAAUGGAUAAUAAGUGAACUUAAACCUAUCGCCACACGUCAUUGUUAUGCUAACCUCGGAGAUAAACUUUAGGAAGUUUACAAUCUUUUGUUAAAAAAAUAGACUUAUCGUAAUAUUGAUUUUUGUGGUUUACAUCAUAACCUGACUCUAGUUAAACAUACUUGGAAACUCUAUAAGCAUUGGACAGCUUUUACAUCUUAGUAUAGGAUUUCUUAGAAGUGCAUCUCAGCAAUUUAAUCACUACGACUCAAACCAAAGAUGUUCGGAUCUCACGGUGAGAGAUCACUAUUGAGACUGCUGAAUUUGUGUUCAGUGGUUUACAUUACUAACUUCAUUCAAUUCAUCCUACUAUGCAAUUAUAUUUUAAUUUCAUUGAUGAGUAGCUGUUUCAUAACUGACCUGAUUGAAUUACAUUGGUCACAUUUCUAUAGAUUUCCAGGAACUGCGGCUGAAACUUAAUUACAUUUUUGUAUAGGCUAAUGUCCCAUACUAGGACACAAAGUAAGUGAUGUUUUAUGUAACCAGCCAUCAUAAUUAUAAGUGAUUUCUGUCAGUCCCACCAUUUGAUAAGAUCCUAUUCUUGUCUUCAACUAGAAUAACGGGAAAAUAAUAUAUUUCAUCCUGCAUUUACAAUCAGUACACUAGGUACACGAUCCAUACACUGGACUGGACGAUUAGAUCAAAUGAACCAAACACUAAACUGAACUAAACUAUGGCAAUAGAUUGUGAUACUCGAUCGUAUCACACACUCAAUCCACUUAUUUGAUCGAUUCCAUUUUCCGAUCCAUAAUCAUGAAAUGUCUUAUCGGCGAGACUAUAGCUUAUAAACGAACCAAUCAGCUAUAAGAUAAGGAGCCACACAUUUUGGCGCGAAAUUCAUUCAUACAUUUGAUGAAAUAGAGUUUUGGCAUUAUAGCUGAUGUCAAUUCGUGAAGAAAACCCUAAAUCUAAUUCCUAACCUUUAACCAUCAACUGCAAAUGAGAAUUCUAACUGUUUUAUAACCCUCGUUUAGUUCUAAUCUGUAGGUGUCCAUACUCAAGGUCACUUCAAUGUCGAUCAAAGGUCAUCCAUAAAUUAUGGUCUCAUUGUCUUAUCCUUACUUACUGACCAAUGUAGGCUUCCUUAGAUCUGAUAUAUCAACUCACAUAUCUAUUGUAAUGUUCUACAGUUGGUAGAUUUCUGUCUAGCUGAAAAGGUGUAUUGUAUCUUGGGGAACAGAGGGAAAUGUAUUGAGAAGCAGAAGAAUAGGAGAAUAAUCGCACAUGACGCACAUACGUUCAGUAAUAAAAGUAAAUAAAAACUCUUGUUAGUGCUGUAAUAAAUGGGUAAAUUAUGAGUAAUAUCUACAUUUAAUCUAAGAAUUGCAAUAGUAGUUGAAUAAAGACAGGCUACUCUAAGGUCGGAACCAUGGACCUGUAGUGACCUACUUUUACCAAUAGGACGCGAUUGGUUUAAUGGAAACAAUUAUUAUUAUAACCAAUUGUACCAUCGAUUCUUUUACUGUACUUGUUUGUUUAGCUGUACUAAAGACAUUCUUUCUUCCGUUGAUUGUGAGUUCGGUUACGCUCAGUAACCACACUUGUAACUUGGCACGAUCUCGGUAUUACUUCAAUACCACGAGAUCGCCAACAAAUACAUCUCGACUACAGCCAUCGAAUGCCUUCUGAUAUUUGACUUAAGGAGGAUCUUAUCGGUUAACUGACACGUAGUCUUCCUGUAGUGGUGAUCAUAGUCAACCGCGACUCGACGCCACACUACAGACCUAUCGUACUACAGUUUAGAUAUUCACAAUUGUUUUUUAUUCAGUUUCAAUAUUAUUCAAAUGUGCUACAGGAUGACAUAUAUUCGAAACUUCCUACAGUUUCCUUCUUAAUAAACAUCUUGUUUAUAUAUUUUAAUCACUAUGACAUCCGGUUUCAGGUUUCUUUUUAAUCGUCACCAAAAAUGUUAAUGAACUAAGUUGGAUUUCUGUUGUUUAUAAUUUUGUCUUCAUUGACUUCAUGACAUAUACAUCAACUAAUUUUUGAGGUACAAGGUGAGUUGUCACUUCUCAGAUGCACAAAUUGGAAUGAUACUUCUUGUGAGAUCUGACAAGGAAAAUAUGUUAGAAAUGAUUGAGGUGAUUUGUGAGCAUGAUACCAAAGCUUGAGUAUCAACUACUUUAAGGUGAUCGUAAAUGUCUAUUUUGUGAACAUUUCUUAAUGUAGUAGUUUCGUACAUUUUAGACUGUGCUCCCGACGACGGAAAUCCAAGGGUCAAGGUAAUUUGUGCUUUAUUUCGAUCCAACCUUUUCUGACUCUCUAAAUCAGUUGUACGAAGACAGAGUCGUCCUACAUGCUGCCUAUCUCAAGGAAAUACCUUAUUCUGAUCACACCAUCAUUUGUAAUCAGUAGUAUAUAUUUGUUUUCGGACCUUAUUAAACCCUUUUUAGUUUUAGAACUCUCCAAGUUAUUUAACAUCCAUUAUAGUAACACUAUAAGAAAGUGUGUUCCAGGCAGUACACCUAAGUGAGAUCAUCCUGAUAUUUAAGCUUGAUUAUCGCGUCAAGAUAUCGAAAACUACCACAUCCAAUGCUACCGGUAAAAUUGUCAGUGUUGAUGUACACCGAAGAAUCAUCUUAUAAUUUACAUUAUGAACUGACUUUGGUUAAACAAACAUCGAAACUAUGAAAGGUUUGCGCAUUUGCUUUAUUCUGGUGUAUAACCCCUUAAUAAUGUAAAUCUAUAUCUCAAUUAGGUGUAGAACCUAUGGUCUUCAAAGUUGUGAAUGGAGCAGUCAACUUAGUGAAAUGUGCAAGUUAGAUACCUUAUAAUAAUGACAUUUGAUGUUAAUCGUGAAGUAUUGGGAACCGGCUGGAGUCCAGAAUGUUUUAAAGGUCGUGGCUAACUCUGAAAUGAUCGAAUAUUGAUAGUAUUUAAGUACAUAUCCUACUUCGUCAAUAAAUCUUGUUAAUGAAAACGUAGAUAGAAAUAGUUGAAUACGAAUGUAUUCGAUGAACAUAUGUUUCAAACAUUCGGUAAUAAAGGUGAACGGUAAGAGAUGAAAAGUAAUACACAUAAACCUGAGCAACAAAAGUAAUCAAGGUAAUGUUAUCAAACGUGUUACUAUAUUGUCGGUUGCUAUGUUAAACCCACACAGCAACUGACAUUACCUUACCUAAUGUUUAUAGUCAGACAAGCCAGAGACAUAGUAGAUAAAUAAAGUAAAUGAUAAACAAACAUAGCACACAUAAGCUCAUGUAAAAAUACAAUCAAGCUAUUCAAGUGAGUAAAUAACAAUGUCAAAUAUAAAACUCAACAAGCUUAAAUUAGUUUGUCUAUCGAAGAAUUAGGUGUAUAAUAAUUGCCAAGCUGCUACAAUCUAUAUUCAUAUAUACGACACUGACAAUCAUGUAUGUUCACUGCCAAUGAGGAGUCCCAUACUAGGAUGAGACGGCCGUCCAGGGAUUCCAGGUUUUCCAUGGAGGUCUAGUUAUAAUCAACUCAUGAAUUCAUCUAUUCAAUGUGAAACAGUUUAAACUUGAUUUUUGUUGAGGACAUUCUAAUUAUCUGCUUGAAUGUUGUUUCACUAUGUUUUUUUUGUUGUUGUUGAGAAUAUCACUUUGAAUGGUCGAAAUCCAUGUAAACUAAGCACAUUCGGUGGAUUUGGCUACAUAAAUCAACCAUAUUAUUCAGCAAGUGAAUUGUUAUUUGUUGAAAAAUUCAAUGGAAUAUAUGCACUGGCCAAUAUACGUGGAGGAGGUGAAUUCGGUGAAGAAUGGCACAAGAGCGGAAGUGAUGUUUAUAAAUCUACAGCAAUCGAUGAUCUACUGGCAGCUGCUGAAUAUUUAAUUCAACAAAAAUAUACUAAUCCUGAUAAUCUUAUAUUACAAGGCAAUGAAAAUGGUGGUCUUCUUGCAGCUUCCUGUGCAAAUAAAAAGCCAAAUUUAUUCAAAGCAAUUAUUUUAGACAAUCCGUUAACUGAUAUGUUACGUUAUUAUAAAUAUUCAUCCACUGGUAGAUGGAUGAGUGAAUAUGGGAAUUUAUAUUAUGAAAAUGUAUUUAAUGAAUUAUUUAGUUAUUCACCAGUUCAUAAUGUGCCAAAUUUAUCCAUGACCAAAUCGUAUUAUCCUUCAGUGCUUAUUUUAUCUGAUCUACAAACUGCCAAUGUAGAAUAUAUUCAUUCAUUAAAAUUAUUAGCUACAUUACAAAAUGAAUUACAUAAUAAUGGUUGUACAUUUGAACAAACAAAUAUUACACUUGGAUGGUUUAAAACGGAAGGUCAACAUAAGAUUGAUAAAGUUACAAGCAUCUGUUCAUUUAUACAAAUGAUUCUAUCAAUUGAUUGGCGUAAAAAACAUUCCUAAUCAGCUUAAUUCGCCCGGAAAGAUAGUAGUUAACUUAAAAUAAACACAUUACUAUUUUAUUUAAACUAGAUAGUUCAUUAUUCAAUGUAAAAAUGUAUUAACAAUGCAAUAUACUACGAGUUUAUUGUAAAGCUUCAUUUCAUUUCAUUAUAAUUUACCUUCUUAUUAUACUUAAAAUAAGUGAAUAAUUAUCUCA